AUGGACGAGACUGGAAUAUUUUUUAAACUUUAUCCAGAUCGUACUUUAAGCUUCAAGGGUAACAAGUGCCAUGGCGGUAAUAAGAGCAAGCAGAGAAUAACGGCUGUUUUUGUUUGCAAUUCUGAUGGUAGCGAAAAAUUGCCUGCUUGGAUUAUAAGAAAAUCAAAACAACCUCGUUGUUUUAAACAUAUUAAUUUGUCGAUUUUAACUUGUCAAUAUACACACCAUCAGAAUUCUUGGAUAGAUGCCGUAGCAUUUCGUAAAUGGCUAUUAAAAUUCAAUAGCAGUAUGGCGUCUCAAAAUAGACAUAUUUUAUUGACUUUAGAUAAUUGCACUGCUCAUAAUGUGAAUAAUAUGGAACUAUCAAAUAUAACAACACAAUUUUUUCCUGCCAAUACUACAAGCCGUCUUCAACCUUUGGAUCAAGGCAUUAUCGCUUUAAUUAAAAAAGAUUAUCGUAAACGACUAGUACGUGCUGCAAUUCAAGCUAUCGAAAGUCAGCAAAAAGUGUGUCAGUGGAAUAUUUUAAAUGCUAUACGAGCUAUUAUAUUAGCCUGGAACUCAGUUUCUGCAGAAAGCAUACAAAAAUGUUUUACAAAAGCAUGGUCUCGAUCAGGCAUCGAUCAGUCUCCUUUGUUGGAAGUUGUUACCGACGAGAAUCCCUGUGCAGAGUGGGAAUAUUUAAAAUCAAUUGAUAUAAAUGCGAAGGUAAGAAAAGAAUAAGUUAUAAUAAUAAUUAAUACAUAACACACAUAUAUGUAAAUUGUAUAAAUAUCUAUUCAGGAUUACUGUACAUUCAAUGAAUUUGUUGAAAUCGAUGAUGAUAUUGCCAUAUGUAAUGAACAAGGUGAACAUUCCAGACUUAUCUGAUGAACAAGAAGAAGAACAAGAAGAAGAGAUAGAAAAACCUAGUCGUUCUGC